AUGAACACUGCAAUUCAGAACUCUCUAUCUGAUGUAGAGUCCAAGCUCAAUGCACUCCUAACAGAACUCCUCACCUCCCCCGCCGCGGCGGUAGCACCAGCAUGCGCGCUCGCCCUCCUCCAAGCAGACGACAAUCUCUCCACCACAAUUAAGUUGCUGCGAACGCACCAAGAGAACUAUGCCAAAAUCCUCCAGCUCCGAAAAGAAGCCGAACAACUAGACGACCGCGUGAAAGGAAUUGUCCUUGAAAUUGAAGCCUUUGACAAAGAGAUCAAAACAGCUUGCGGCGACGAUGAAGAGAGUGACAGUGACGCGGAGUCUGAAUACGACGAGGAGACCGGUGACAAAAAGCCCGCUACACUAAGGGAAAUCGACUAUGCCUUGCUUUUGGACUUUGCACGACGCAUCAGCAAGUACAACCACGAAGCUGCGGCCGAUGCUGCGAACGGUGCUGCGAAUGGUGCUCCGACACAGACACAGAUAAAACUGUCACAACAGGUACCUGAUAAUGACGUGAAGAUGACAGAUAAUGGGGAAGCUGCAGAGGGUGCAGAGCCUGUGUCAUCAGUGACGAAAGGCGCGACACAGUGGCUAGAUGACUCGGCAAAUAUCACGCGCGAGGUGUACAUGAUGCCAUAUCCGACCGAAGAACGGAUUCGCAUGGGAUUGAUGGGCCAAGCGCAACUAGUUGCUGGUGAAGACCUGGACAAGGAGGUUGAUCGACUGCUACGGGAAGCAGAGGGCCUUGGAGCCGCAGAGCCUCCUGCUCCCGCACCGACGGUGAAUACUAUACAAGACGAGUCUGCAAAGGCUGCUGCCCAGGCUGGGUCUAUGGCCACUACAAAGCCAAGUGCACCUGCACCAGCGCCAGAACAGUCAAAGCCUAAGCCGAAAGCUACCUUGGACCUUGAUCUCUACGAUCCGGAUGACGAUGACUUUUAA